CCCGGCGCCGCUGGGCGCAGUGACAGCGCCCUCCUGGCCGCGCCGGCCCCCGCCUCCCUCCCGCCGCCUCCAACCGCCUGCGAUGCUCAGUCAUGAAACGCGUACGCACAGAACAGAUUCAGAUGGCAGUGUCCUGCUACCUCAAGCGCCGUCAGUAUGUGGACUCAGAAGGUCCCCUAAAACAAGGGCUGAGGCUGUGUCAGACUGCUGAAGAGAUGGCAGCUAAUCUCACAGUCCAAUCUGAGUCUGGUUGUGCCAAUGUUGUGUCUGCAGCUCCCUGCUUGGCGGAGCCACAGCAAUAUGAAGUACAAUUUGGACGAUUACGCAAUUUUCUCACAGAUUCAGAUUCUCAGCACAGCCAUGAAGUGAUGCCUCUUCUAUAUCCCCUCUUCGUCUACCUCCAUCUGAACAUGGUCCAGAAUGGCCUAAAAAGCACAGUGGACAGUUUUUACAGCCGCUUCCAUGGCAUGUUCUUGCAGAAUGCCAGCCAGAAGGAUAUCAUUGAACAGCUGCAGACUACCAUGACUAUUCAAGAUAUCCUGUCCAACUUGAAGCUCCGGGCUUUUCUGGACAACAAGUAUGUCAUCCGCCUUCAAGAGGACAGCUACAACUACCUUCUUCGCUACCUCCAAAGUGACAACAACAACGCCCUGUGCAAAGUCCUGACCUUGCACAUUCACCUGGAUGUGCAGCCUGCCAAGAGGACUGACUACCAGCUCUAUGCCGGCGGGAGCUCCUCACGCAAUGAGAGCAAUGGCCUGGAACCCAGUGAUGUGCCGGCUUCCAUUCUGCAGAAUGAGGCAGCGCUGGAGUUACUGCAGGACAGCAUUAAACGUGUCAAGGACGGGCCCCCUUCCUUAACGACCAUCUGCUUCUAUGCCUUCUAUAACACAGAGCAGUUGCUGAACACAGCAGAGAUUUCACCAAACAGCAAGCUGCUCGCUGCUGGGUUCGAUAAUUCAUGUGUGAAACUGUGGAGCCUGCGUUCCAGGAAGUUAAAAUCUGAGCCCCACCUUGUUGAUGUGUCCCGCAUCCGUCUGGCUUGUGACAUCCUGGAUGAGGAGGAGGAAGAGGAUGACAGCACAGGCACAGAAAUGAAGAUCCUGAGAGGACAUUGUGGACCUGUGUAUAGCACAAGGUUCCUUUCAGACAGUUCAGGACUCUUAUCUUGUUCUGAGGACAUGUCCAUCAGAUAUUGGGACCUCGGGAGUUUUACAAACACUGUGUUGUACCAAGGGCAUGCCUAUCCUGUCUGGGAUUUGGAUAUUAGCCCCUGCAGCCUGUACUUUGCCAGUGGUUCCCACGAUCGCACCGCAAGGCUCUGGUCGUUUGAUCGGACGUACCCGCUGCGAAUAUACGCAGGCCAUUUGGCAGACGUGGACUGCGUCAAGUUCCACCCCAAUUCCAACUACUUGGCGACGGGCUCCACGGACAAAACCGUGCGCUUGUGGAGCACUCAGCAGGGCAACUCAGUGCGUCUUUUCACCGGGCACCGUGGCCCUGUGCUGGCGCUUGCGUUCUCUCCCAACGGUAAGUACCUGGCAUCAGCGGGCGAGGACCAGCGGCUAAAGCUGUGGGACUUGGCAUCAGGAACUCUUUACAAAGAACUGAGGGGGCACACGGACAACAUAACCAGCCUUACUUUUAGCCCUGACAGCAGUUUAAUUGCUUCAGCGUCGAUGGACAAUUCAGUUCGGGUCUGGGACAUUCGGAACACUUACUGCAACGCCCCUGCGGAUGGGUCUUCCAGUGAACUGGUUGGUGUAUAUACCGGACAAAUGAAUAAUGUACUGAGCGUACAGUUUAUGGCCUGUAAUCUUCUUCUAGUGACUGGAAUUGCACAAGAAAAUCAGGAACAUUAAUUUUUCCUUUUUUUUUUUUUUUUUAGGGAAGUGGGUGGGUGUAUUGAAUGUCAGAGUCCAUUGCAAGCUGAGAUUACUGACUGUGAAACACUUUUCUUCCUUUGCCCCUUGAAAGGCAUGUUCAGAGUAAUGCAAAUGCUUUUAAGAUGUCACAAAAAGGCCUGUGCUGUUGAACAGAAUAAGGAAAAAAGGAGAAGUGAUGAAAAUACAUAUACAUUCUAAUCUUGAACUUGUAGGAAUGGGAAAAUCCAGUAGCUUGGAAAAACCAAAAGCUUGGUCCAGACAAGUGAAACUGCCAACCAGAUAAGCUGCUGACCUGCACUUAAAUAUCCUGCAUUGAUUGAUGGGCACGUUACCUACUGUUAAGUGAGGCUCGAGUGUGUGGAGAACUACUGGCCCAGUGUUUUUUGUUUUGUUUUGCUUUUAUUUUCCUGGUAUUGCAGAGGACCAGCAUUUUUAAGACUUUUCUAUUAAAAGAACAUGGUGUAUUUUCUACAGUGAUAGUGGUCCUAAAUAUUACAGCUCCUUAUAGCACUUCUGGAAUAUUUUGGACUAAGUAAGUAGAAAAUACCAUUGUUUUUUUUCUGUAAGGGGAUGGAAAUCUGACCUCAGUUGGGGCCCAUCUCUGCAUUGUCAUUUGGGUUUGGUUCCUGAUACUAGCUGUGAUAUUUGUAUUUAUGUUCCAUUAAUUAGGAAAUUUUCUGACUCUGGUUGCACUGUGUUUUGAGGAUGGGAGGACAGUGGGGGCAGAGCGGUGGCUUUAAGGUUAAUAAACAACUUGCCUUGUCUGGAAGGAGGGCACAAUAGAAAUUAAGUAGCUAAGUUUGGACUCCUAAUGGAAACAGGGCAUGUCAGUCCACCACUGCACCUCAAAGAAAUAUUUCCAUAAAUGGAAGUUGGCAGUCUAGAGGAGAGGGGGAUGAAGAGAGACACACAAAGUGACAUGGGAAAAAAUAGUAUUACUAAAUUAUUGUGUGUACACAGAGGCAGCUUUGCCAGUGUUGGAUUUUUCUCAAAUGUUGCAAUACCGGUUUCAUGAACACUUUGUGAGAUAAAUCAUCAGCAUUUACAACAAGGAUCUGCGGAAAAAGCACGUUCUAGUUUGUCAUUUGGAGAGAUUAAAUAUUUCUGCUUUCUGGAAAGAGUUAUUUUGUAUUUUGUUUUCUAUUAAAAGCAUUUAGUUUAAAAA